GAUGUGCAGCCGAAGGUGUGGUGUGAGAGAAAGGAGAUCACCAGGAAGUCGUCGGUAUAUAACCAAGCUGGUACCCUCUUGUCGAAUCACUCUCACCUUCACACUCGAGCCGCAAACAUGAAAGUUAUAGCUGUUGUAUUCUUGGUUGCCUACUGUUCCCUCGCGUUGGGGAAAGAGGAACCAGCCGAGAAGGAAAAGCGCGGCGUUUCUUACACCACUCCUAGGACAUACUCGACAGCAACGGCGGCGGACGUGGCCUACGCCACCGCCAAAGUAUCACCCCAAACCUUCACCCAAAAUAAUCAAGCCGCUGCCUCAAUACCAGGUGAAAUAUGUGCAGGCCCCUCAACAGCAGGCCGCCCCGUGCAAUAUCAGUACGAGUACGAACAGCAACCGUACGCAUCCGCCGCCGCCACCCACCAUCAGCCGCAACAAGUAACCAAAUUGGCUCCGGCUAAAGCUGCUUAUGCACCAGCACCAAUUCACUUCUCCUUGGCGUCAGAUGUCUCCACUUUCAGUUAUUCCAGCCCAUUGGUUUCAUACUCAAACUUAGGCCUUUUGAAACAAACAAUUGGUAAAGCCGUUGAGCAGCCUACAGCUGAGCAAAGUUACGUUCAACCACAGGUCGCCCAACAAUACUCUCCACAACAAUAUGUUGCUUAUAAACAACCUCAGAAAGUUGUAGUGCAAGCAGCUCCAGUUGCACAGAAGUUGACCUACACUGCACCUUCGCAUAGUCAGAAGAUUACCUAUGCGCAGCCUGCUCAACCAGCUCAACGUAUUGUCUACGCUCAGGUAGCUCAGCCUGCGCAUGCGCCAGCUGCUCAACCCCAACAGGCUUACAAAGCAGGUUCUACCAUUGUCUACGCCAACAGUGCCGAGGAAGCUUAUGAGAAAAUCUACGGCAAACCAUACGUGCCUCCUCAGCAGCAACAGGCUUACGAGGCUCAACCCCAGCACCAGGCUCAGGCCCAACCGCAAGCUGCUGCUUACCAAGGCCAACAGCAACAAGUUCAGUAUGUCAAGCUCACUCCACAGCAAUACGCUGCGUACUCCCAGCAACAGCAGCAGCAACAACAUCAACAGCAAUAUGUAGACGCACCCGCACCCCAAUAUGCUGGGUCACAUUCUGAGCAACAGCCUGCUUAUGUUCCACGCCCGCAAUAUUACCAAACGCCUGGUGUCACCUAUGCGCAUGCGCAAUAACCACAAUGGGUAAUUAACGCAAAUCUCUUCGCCUAGCAUAAUGUGAACUAAUUUUAACUAAUUUAGUCGAGACAAAGAACCUGAGACUUUUGUACAUACUGUUUUCUACUAUUCUAUACGUAAUUUUUAACCGAUUGUCUUUGCCUGCACUGUGUUUUAUUUUAUUUUAUUUUAUUUUAUGUAAUUUACGAUUCUUAAAUAAUAUAUAAUUAUUAUUUUUAAAAA